UGGGCACUGGUGGGUGCAUUGCUGGGCACAGGUGGGCGCACUGUUGGGCACAGGUGGGUGCAUUGCUGGGCACAGGUGGGCGCACUGCUGGGCAUAGGUGGGCGCACUGCUGGGCACAGGUGGGCGCACUGCUGGGCACACGUGGGCACAUUGCUGGGCACAAGUGGGCGAAACUUGUGUGUGGCACAGGUGGGCACCGAUCAUCAAGGCACUGAUGAUCAGUGACCCUGAUGAUCGGUGCCGAUCCCUGUUCUGACACCCUGUUCUGACGGUUUUCGGCAGUACUUUCCUCACGAUCUGACAGCGUGAGGAAAGUGCAGCCGAGAACCGGCAUUUGCAU